CACCCAUUAUCCCUGAUUUCCAGGACAACCAGUGCUGAGUUCCACAGGAGCCACAACGCAGACUGGGAAACAUGGGUCUGAAGAUGCUUGAGUCCCGACUUUGUCUCCUGCUCCUGCUGGGACUUGUCCUAACCCUUGCCUCAGGCCAGCGACCAACCCCUUCUGAGUGGUUUAAAAUCCAGCAUAUAAUUAGAGGCUCCCGCCAGUGUAAUUCUGCAAUGAUAGCUGUUAACCGUUAUACAGGAAGAUGUAAGGACUUCAAUAGUUUUCUUCAUACAAGUUUUGCUGAUGCUGUUCGUGUGUGUGGCAAUCCACGUACCACCUGCAGAAACGGGUUAAGUACAAAUUGUCAUGAUAGUUCGUCUCGGGUAUCUGUAACUUCCUGUAAACUCACAACUCCAUCACAGAACUUUCGUCUAUGCAGAUACCAAACGACAGGAGCAAGGAAGUUCUACAGAGUUGCCUGUACCAACAGAACUCCACGGGACAGUCCCACCUAUCCAGUGGUUCCGGUUCACUUGGAUAGGGUAUUUUAGCUCCAGUGCCAGCACUUUGUACCUUCGCUCAUCUGCUAAUGCCAAAAUCAUAGUAGUGAAGAACCAAUUCCUUUCUGCCCUGCACAUCAGUACCUGUCCUCAUGAAACCUGUCCCUGUCACUCUUUAAUGCAGCUGAAGAGGUCUGUGCUAAACAAUAAACAGCUUUGCAUACUCA